CACCACUCAACAAAUCACGGCCCAUCUCGCCCUCUAUCGCGCGCGCUUCAUCUCUCACGCACCGGCAUCAUCUAUCAACUCAAGAAAAGAACUGCGUAACCGAAUCAAGCCGCCAGAAUGACCACAGCUCACAGACCUACCUUCGACCCGGCCAAAGGCAAAGAAGCUCUCCGCGGUCCCGCCUACCACCAGCGUCUCCUACCCGCCUACACCCAGCUCAAGUUCCGCAAGCCCGGCCAAGGCGGCGUUGCUGGGGCAUCUGAAGAGCGCGACACGCGCGACCUGCGCGCUGAGCUGCUGGCUGCCGAGGAGGCGCACAAGGCCAAGUUGAGGGGCGGACCUGCUCUUACCUCUGGUGACGAUGUCGAUAACGAGAAGGCGGGAACCAAGCGCCCAUUGGCUUUGACGAGCGGUGAUCACAAAGAGGAGGAAGACCAAGAAGCGAAGCGACGAAGGAUAUUAGAGUUGACGAGGGAGAUUGAUGCGGAUGAUUCUUCUGAUGAUGACGACGACGACGCCGAAUCAGACGCCGAUGCCAAAUCACCAAAAGCCCAGAAGAACCAAGAUGACGACGACGCCUCUUCAGACUCCUCCGAUUCCGAUUCCGACUCCGACUCCGACUCAGACGACGAAGAAGCUGAACUCCAGCGGGAACUUGAGCGCGUGCGUCGCGAGCGUCAAGAGAAGCGCGAGCGCGAGGAGCUUGAGCGCCAAAAGGCCGAAGAAGAACAGCGCGAGAAGGACAUAGCGCUCGGGAACCCGCUGCUGAACAAGCCGGACUUUACGGUCAAGAGGAGGUGGGACGACGACGUGGUCUUCAAGAACCAGGCGAGGGGCGUGGAUGAUAGGAAUAAGAAGAAGGAGUUUGUCAAUGAUUUGUUGAGGAGCGAUUUCCAUAGGCGGUUUAUGAGCAAGUACGUUCGUUAAUGGGGGUUGCUGCUGCUGUUGCUGCUGCCGGAGGAGGAGUGCGCAGUGGCGGAGAGAAGAGAGGAGAAAAGAUACCCAGAGCGGAAGGACACAGGGCCAAGUAGGGGAGCAAUAUUCGUCUUUGCGACACAUCUUGGUUUGGACAAGUUUCUGCAGGCAUGUUCAGUGAGCGAGAAAUAGACGAUAUCACAGGACACGAAUCAAGAACAACUAACAGAACUUUCAA